AUGCGCUCGCGUCUGGUUUCUGCGGCGGUGCUGCUAGCGACGCUGCUCGCGGCUGUCAACGCCGCCGCGCAACGCACGCGAGUGCAGGCGCUGCGCGGCGAAUGGAGCGCGCUGAGCUCUGACGUGCUGCGGUGGGAGCCAGAAUGGCGCCCGAGUGACGCGAAGCGGCUGCGCGAGCUCUUGGCGCAGUCAGCCGCCCCCGUGGCGCCAGGGAGGGGCCGCACGUUGCUCCAAGAUGACAACCCUGCUACUCUGAUUGCCAUCGUUGAGAUUGCGUCUCUGACGCUGCUCACGACGGGGUACCAGGAGCCCGGCGAUGAGGUGUUCGGCGACGACCUUUCCGACUUCCUGGGGGGCGCGAGAGCCGGCAGCGGCUUUGCAGAGCUGGGGGUGUAUUGCACGCCGGUUCGGGCGGACGACGCGGGCGACAUGCCGCAGGGCUGGCCGAAGUGGGACUUCCUCGACGUCGUCUUCUUUCCCGGCGUGCCGACGUCGCUGGCACGAGACUUGUGGAUCUGGGGCGACGAUCUGGCCACGGACGCCGUCACGUGCGAGCUCUGGGAGUGCGAUGGCAUUUUCGGCUGCAGCCCUGCGUCACCGUUCCCCCCGAACGCCGAUUUCGGGGGAGACGACCAGCUCGGAUCGACAGUGCUGUCGAGGGACCCUCAAACCAUGCUCCCAACGAGCCCGAACCCGACGAACACGACCCUGAAGGCCACGUUCACGUUCCCAAACGGAACGGUCACCGCGCGUGCAACCUUCGAGUACAAGCUCGUCGACCCGACCGUCUACUCCGGGCCCUCAGGCAGACCCCCCCUGCUGUCAGGACCCUGGGCAGAGGACCCCAUCGAUCUGUCCCCCUACCUCGCGACGUCCCCGCCCGCGGCAUCAGCCGCCACGACCGCUCCAGCGUCGUCGCCGACCCCGUCGCCACCGCCGCCGUCCACAACGGCAGCGCCGCCGCCGACCACCGCUCCGUCGCAGACGGCUUUCGUCCCGCCGACGCCGACGCCGACACCGACGCCGACGCUCCCGGUCACGACCUCGGCGCCUCGAACGGAUGCGCCACCAACGACGUUUGCCCCGACAGUCGUUCCGGCUACAACACCCCCGCCGCCCUGGGAGACAGUUUCAACAGUUGCCACCGCGCCUCGCGUCGAAGCCGCGGACGGGCCGACGACCCCGCGGAACCCCGGUAUGCUGCUGCCGACCGCUCCGGCGACGGCCGCCGCGACGGCCGCGAGCGAGUCGAACGGCACCGAUGCGACAGCGCCGGUGGACAUGUCUCCGCCGACGCUGACCCCGAUCGUGAUCGACUUCGGCGAGAUCACGUUCUGGGACCUGUACGACCCGACGCCCGCCCCCGCACCGGACGGCGGCCCGGUCAACUGGGACCGUUUGAACGACACAAGCCGACACCCCCCGGGGAGUUCCGGAAAGCGCUACUUCUUGCUGGUGAUGCUUGCGGUGGUCAUCGGCGGGCCGAUCCUCAUCACGGCGGGCAUCACCGCGGCGUGCUGCACCGUGAACGCGCGGCGCAGGGCCGUGGAGCGUCGCUGGGCGCGUGCGCGCGUGAUCGGUCCGUUGCACGACCCUGACGCUUGCUGCUACGGCCCGGAUCCGAUGGAGGGCUCGAGGACGACGGGGCGCGCCGGGUCGUCGGUCACGCUCGCGGGGGGCGACGCGGCGGGGUGGGGUCCUCCGUCUCGAUGA